AUGGCUCCCUCUGUGGCCGUGAUCCUUGAAAAGCAGGAGACAUCUUCUCUAGUAGUACCUACCAAGGCUACAUCUGGAAAUGAUGAAACAUCUCCUAAGAUUAGGAGAAUCGUUGACGAGGAAGAUGGCAAGACUCCGGCCAGUUACCCUCACUACCUGCCUACAUGGGACCAUGGCGAAAAAUACCCACCUCUUGAGCCUUUUGUCCAUGUCGAACAUGGUAAAGACGCGGAUCCAACUUUCAAGGACCUCCUACCAGAGGGCUCUUCUAUCCGCAAACUUACACCAACAACUGGAUCUGAAGUUCGUGGAGUUCAAUUGAGUAAACUAUCAGCUGCUGGAAAGGAUCAAUUAGCCCUACUAGUUGCCCAACGAAAAGUUGUCGCCUUCCGGGAUCAAGAUCUCGCGGACCUUCCAAUUGAAGAAGCUCUAGAAUUUGGUGGUUAUUUUGGCCGCCAUCACAUUCAUCCUACGAGCGGUGCUCCCGAAGGACACCCGGAACUCCACAUUGUUUAUCGCAAUGGCUCAGAUGGUGAGGUGGAAGCUUACUUUGCCAACCGCAACAGCAGCGUACAAUGGCACUCGGAUGUUUCCUACGAGCAGCAACCACCAGGAACGACUUUUCUCUAUAUCCUCGACUCCCCUGAAGUCGGUGGUGACACUGCGUUUGUGAACCAGGUGGAAGCGUACAACCGCCUAUCUCCAGCCAUUCAAGAAAGACUCCAUGGACUAACAGCAAUACAUUCUGGUGUUGAACAAGCAGAGUUUAGCAGAGGUCGGGGGGGUGUUGUGAGACGCGAGCCAGUUACAAACGAACAUCCUAUCGUGCGGACUCACCCCGCAACCGGUGAAAAGGCUCUGUACGUCAAUGGUGGCUUCACUCGUAGCAUUGUUGGGCUUAAGAAAGAGGAGAGCGAAUCCUUGUUAUCAUUCCUGCUCAGUCAUAUAAGUCGUGGAAUCGACUACCAAGCUCGUGUCCGAUGGGAGCCUAAGACUGUUGUUGUGUGGGAUAAUCGAGUCACUGCACACUCGGCUAUCUUCGAUUGGACUACUGGUGAACGUCGUCAUUUGGCCAGAAUUACACCACAAGCAGAAAGGCCGUAUGAAACACCGUACAAAUCAUGAACAUAAUAUAUGGAAAAUAUAAU